AUGACUAUAUUUGGUGUCAGCGCGCUCGGUGAGGGCUCAGCCGAGGGCGGCGAGGGCUCAUCCGAGAGCGGCGAGGGAUCAGUCGAGAGCGGCGAGGGCUCAGCCGAAGGCGGCGAGGGCUCAGCCGAGAGCGGCGAGGGCUCAGCCGAGGGCGGCGAGGGCUCAGUCGAGAGCGGCGAGGGGUCAGCCGAGAGCGGCGAGGGCUCAGCCGAGAGCGGCGAGGGCUCAGCCGAGGGCGGCGAGGGCUCAGCCGAGGGCAGCGAGGGCUCAGCCGAGGGCAGCGAGGGCUCAGUCGAGAGCGGCGAGGGCUCAGCCGAGAGCGGCGAGGGCUCAGCCGAGAGCGGCGAGGGCUCAGCCGAGAGCGGCGAGGGCUCAGCCGAGAGCGGCGAGGGCUCAGCCGAGAGCGGCGAGGGCUCAGCCGAGAGCGGCGAGGGAUCAGUCGAGAGCGGCGAGGGCUCAGCCGAAGGCGGCGAGGGCUCAGCCGAGAGCGGCGAGGGCUCAGUCGAGAGCGGCGAGGGCUCAGCCGAAGGCGGCGAGGGCUCAGCCGAGAGCGGCGAGGGCUCAGCCGAGGGCGGCGAGGGCUCAGUCGAGAGCGGCGAGGGGUCAGCCGAGAGCGGCGAGGGCUCAGCCGAGAGCGGCGAGGGCUCAGCCGAGGGCGGCGAGGGCUCAGCCGAGGGCAGCGAGGGCUCAGUCGAGAGCGGCGAGGGCUCAGCCGAGAGCGGCGAGGGCUCAGCCGAGAGCGGCGAGGGCUCAGCCGAGAGCGGCGAGGGCUCAGCCGAGAGCGGCGAGGGCUCAGCCGAGAGCGGCGAGGGAUCAGUCGAGAGCGGCGAGGGCUCAGCCGCAGUUAAAAAACUAUCUAUAAGCGACUCUGUCAAUUCUCGGUUAUGUUUGCUUAGCAAAGUAAGUUCUAACGUAGCAGUGGAGAGCUCCUGUAUCUCUUUGUUAGCAGAGCUUAAUUUUGAACUUAGAGUUUCGAGCUCAGCUCUCUGAUUUAAUAGUUUAUCAGUCAUCUUCAAAGACUCUUUCUUUGAUCUGAUAUAUUUUCUACAAAUCCUCAUACAGUGCUUAAUUUGAGAUCUUUGCUUAAUUUUGUUUGUUGUCUUCGAAUGUCUCUUCACUAGUUUUUUAAUAUCGUAGUGGAAACUAUUACAAGAGU